AUGAGCCACAACGAAGGUAUGCUGCACUCUGCUGGCGCCACGGCCCAAGAAAUGGCCGACGCUGCUAAGGACAAGAUGUCCAACGCUGCGGAGAGUGUUAAGGAAACUGCGAAAUCCACCUACGACAAGGCUCGUAAUAUGGGCAAGGACGCUUCGGACAAGACUUAUGCAAAGUGUGGAGAAUGUAAGGAUGAUGCUGCCCAUAAGGCCCAUGAAGCAAGAGGCUACACAGCCGAAAAACUGCACAGAACCGGAGACAAUCUGCAGAGCAAGUAA